UCCGUCCGGUUCUGCGGGCUCAAGGGGAGAAGUGAUGUAGCAACAUGGCUCUCUUCUAAUCGCGUUUAAUAACUCAUGUGUGCUCAAUUUACUGGCAAUCCGUCACCAUCCACGCCUUAAUCAUGGACCUCCAGUCGAGAGGCUUGUUCUGGGGGCAUCCACACUGUCAGCAGUAACGUCUGAAAGCUGUAUUUAUAAUUUUUUCCCUCCCCAUACUAUCACUUUUCUUGAUUUUUACUUGGGAUUUAAACCUAAAGUGUCAGCAACUAGGCAACACGUCUCACUUGAAUAACCCGAAUAUCCCCGUGGAAACGAAGACGCCCGGCGUUCGUAAAGUCACAGAUUUAAAAACAAACUUUCAAGAAACACGUUGACGAAGUCUUGCCCUCAAGUUUUCCCGUUUGCCUGCGGUGCGGGUAUAACUUGGAAGAGAACACUACGCAAGGACUCAUCUAAUCAUCUUGAAUACUAAUUUAGAGUUUGGCAGGCAGGUGUGAGGCCCCCUCAUGCAGGACCACAGGAAAUGAAUAAACCACCUCAGCCUAUAACAGGACCCCCUGCUGUCCCCCACCCCGCCCAAUCGCCAGGACUGGCACAGGUGCCCUAUACCCCAGGCCAGCCUCCCACUGUUGUCUUUCCUGGCCCAACUCCUCAAAUGAACUCUGCUCCUCAACCCAGACAGUUUGCCCCAGGGCCUCGUGCUUUACACCAACAGGGUGGAUUCAGGUCACUGCAGCAGUACUACACCAACCGACCCAGUAUGCAAGGCAAUGCCCCUCGGGUCCCACCCAGCAGCACCCCCCGGUCUGUUGCGCAGACACAUGUUUACCAACCUACCUCGCAGGUGAUGAUGAUACCCCCACAACAGUUGCCGUUCACCAAUACUCAGGGCCAUGCCUAUUUUGUGCACGGACAUGGACAGUACCGGGCCCCCUACAUGACCCCAGCCCAGCAGUACUCGGUACCAAGUGGAACCACAGGCUUCUAUGCUGGAAGCAGUCCAGCUGAAUAUGGUACAUAUGAUCCCUCUCUGGCAGGGAGGGAGAGGCGGGGGGGUGGGGGGAGAGGUGCGGGCAGAGAGAAUGGACGUCUCUCGCUGCACGGAGCUCCUCUCACCUCCCAGCGUUAUCCUGCAGCUGCCUAUUACCCUGCGACACAGCAGUACCCUGCAUCAGUUCCCCCCACAUCUGUCAUGAUGAACCCCGCUCAGCAGCAACAAGCCCCAACUCCACCGCAAGCUCCACCUCAGCCACCAGGACAAGUCAGGAGAGAGCGCAAACAGAUCAGAAUACGUGAUCCCAACCAGGGAGGACGUGACAUCACGGAAGAGAUAAUGUCUGGUGGGAGAACAACCUCCACUCCUCCACAGAUUGUUGGUUCAGAGGUAGGUGGUCUAGUCCAGACCAAUGGUGAAAGUGUUUCUCCUGUUGCUUCUGUGAUCAGAUCUGAUGAUCAGGUGGAGCCUGUGGCCCCUCCUGCAGCAGUCCCCACCCCUCCUCCAUCAAAGACGCCAGAGCAAGCCCCCACUCCUCCUUCAGCCGCUGACUCACAACCGUUGUCUGAGGUCAGACAAGCUUCAUCAGUGAGCAAGGUUUCCAUUCCUCCAGGAGAGGAACCUGAUGCCAUCACCACAGUUUCCACUGCAGCUUGCUAUCCCUUGGGACUUCCACCUGCUUCAGUUUCUCCUCCUCCUAUGAACAAUCCUAAACCUUCAAAGCCUCAAACUGCUGACAGUGUGGAUGCUUCAGUGGCCCCUGAACCCCCUGCUCAAAAGGAGCCUGUGGAGGAAUCCCCUCCUGUGCAGCAGAUUUCGUCUGGGUUUGAAAAAGAGGAGCCUGAGGUAGCCAAGGAGAAAGAGUCAGAGCCUGUGGCCAGCUUAGAUGCCUCAUCUGACUCUAGCCCAACUACCAUCAUCCCCAGCUCUGUGGAUGAUGCUCCUGCUGUAGCCAUUGGCAGUGAUGAAGCUUCUAAGGACUCCAGCCCUGUAACCACUGAGACGCCUGUUCCAGAGCCAGUCAUUGGUGAGCAAAAUGAACAGCCUUUGCUUAAUGGUUUGCCUCAGGACUCUGUUGAGGUUACUGAAGAUGAUGUGAAGCCAGAGUGCUCCAGUAAUCCAGUUGCUGAACAAGAGGCUCCUCAGGUUCAGCAGAUCUGCCUUACAGCUGUGAUAGCAGCACCUGUGGAAGAAGUUGAGCAGAAAGCAGAGGAGAUGCCCACCCCUGAACUGAGCUGCCCAGUUGAGGAGACAACUAUGCAAGCUGCCACAACAAUAGUGCCAAAGAAGAUAAAGGAUCUGAAUAACAAAGAUGUGGGAGAUGUCCUAGAUGCCUUCAAAGAGCCAGAGGAGAAGCCUGCUCCUGAACCAGAGGUUGUUCAGAAAGAGCCCUCCCCAGCUCUAGCCCCUGUCCCACCAGCAGAGGAGUUGGAAGAAUCAUGGGAGGAGAAAGAGGACAAUCAUGACACAGAGAAUAUUGAGCCUGAGGCACCCAAACCCAUGGAAUUGAAAUAUCAAUAUAAAGAAGAGCAGUGGAAGCCCAUCAACCCAGAGGAGAAGAAACAAUAUGAUCGGGAGUUCCUGCUUGGCUUCCAGUUCAUCAGUGUGAGCAUGCACAAGCCUGAGGGUUUACCUCACAUCAGUGAUGUUGUGUUGGACAAGGCAAAUAAAACCCCCUUGCGGCCUUUGGAUCCCAGUAGUCUCAUGAACUGUGGGCCGGACUUCACACCCUCAUAUGCUAACCUAGGCAGGCAGUCAUCUGGAGGAGGACGAGGACCGCAUUCGUCUCAACCUGGACGCCGCCCACAGCCAGGACGAGGCAAAGAGCAACCCCGUAACCCCAAGAUCAUCACCAGCUUGUCUCUUAAAGACAAUGUUGAACUCAACCAGGCUGAGAACGCUUGGACACCUUCUAUCAAGAAGCAAGCCAAAGGACCAAGGGUAGGAGAGGAUGAGGACGACGAAUCGGAGGCUUCAAAAACGCAGGAGCUGUUCCGCCGUGUGCGCAGCGUCCUUAACAAGCUCACGCCACAAAUGUUCCAGCAACUGAUGAAGCAGGUGACGGAGCUCACCAUAGACACUGAAGAGAGGCUCAAGGGCGUCAUUGACCUCAUCUUCGAGAAAGCCAUCUCAGAACCCAACUUUUCUGUAGCUUAUGCCAACAUGUGCCGCUGCCUUAUGGGGCUAAAAGUCCCCACUUCAGACAAACCGGUAGUCACUGUAAAUUUCCGUAAACUGCUGCUCAAUCGUUGUCAGAAGGAGUUUGAAAAGGAUAAGGAUGAUGACGAGAUCUUUGAGCAGAAACAGAAAGUGCUGGAUGCUGCCACUGAGGGAGAGGAACGUCAGCGCCUCAAAGAAGAGCUGGAGGAAGCCAAGGACAAGGCACGCAGACGGUCACUUGGCAACAUCAAGUUCAUAGGAGAACUGUUCAAGCUGAAAAUGCUGACCGAGCCCAUCAUGCACGACUGUAUCGUGAAGCUCCUGAAGAACCAUGAUGAGGAGAGCUUGGAGUGCCUCUGCAGACUGUUUGCCACCAUUGGCAAAGAUCUAGACUUUGAGAAGGCCAAGCCACGUAUGGAUCAGUACUUCAACCAGAUGGGGAAGAUCAUUAAAGAAAAGAAGACGUCUUCUAGAAUACGCUUUAUGCUUCAGGAUGUUUUGGACCUCCGACAGAACAACUGGGUUCCCAGGAGAGGAGAUCAGGGUCCUAAGACCAUUGAUCAAAUCCAUAAAGAGGCUGAGCUGGAAGAACACAGAGAGCAGAUCAAAGUACAGCAACAACUGCUGUCUAAGAAAGACUCGAGUCAGGGUCGAGGGGGCCGUGGCGGGCCGCACUCCUCUGGGGGCCGUGGUAGCCAAACACAGGAUGAGGGCUGGAACAUAGUGCCUAUUACCACCAAGAACAGACCGAUUGACACCAGCCGCCUCAGCAAAAUUACAAAGCCUGGUGAUUUCAACAACCAGCUUCUGGCUCCAGGAGGAAAGGGCUCUUGGGGCAGCUGGGGCAAAGGGAGCAGUGGAGGUACUGGAGCAAAGUCCACUGGAGAUCAAGACCAGGGAAGACCUGCCACUAGCACACUCAACCGCUUCUCUGCUUUGCAGCAGUCUGGACCCUCUUCCUCUUGCUCUCUUGACUCUGAUCGUAGAGUGCCUCAAAGAAGUAGCUCCAGUAGGGACAGAAGCGACAGAGAUCGCGGUGACAGAGAUCGUGGUGAACGCUUCGAGCGCUUUGAUAGUAGGCGUGAGGAACGGGACAGAGGCCUGGACAGACCUCGUCCAUCUCUCACCAAGCGCAGCUUCAGCCGUGAAAGUGAAGAGCGUAGACGAGGUGACAGCCGUGGACCGCCGGAUUCCGUACGCCGUGUGUCCAGCAUGACGGAAAACCGCGACAGAGGUAGUCGUGAGCGGGAAAGAAGCAAAGAGACUGUGAAACUCAUGGCAGCUCCUCCUCCACCACCUGCUCAAACAAAACCAGCCCUGAGUGAGGAUGAACUGGACAAGAAAUCCAAAUCCAUCAUUGAAGAGUAUCUCCACAUCAAUGACAUGAAGGAGGCAUUACAGUGUGUGCAAGAGCUGAACAGUGCACCUAUGCUCUUCGUGUUCAUACGGAAUGGUGUGGAAUCCACACUGGAGCGUAGCACCAUCGCUAGAGAGCACAUAGGUCAACUGUUUCAGAAGCUUGUUAGUGAAGGAAUACUACCUGCUGACCAGUACAAUAAGGGACUACAGGAGAUUCUGGAAAUAGCAGAUGACAUGACCAUCGACAUUCCUCACAUUUGGCACUAUUUGGCUGAGAUCAUCACACCCAUGUUGCAAAAGGGGGGCAUCCCCAUGGGCCAGCUUUUCAGGGAGGUGUCCAAACCUCUUCUGCCUUUUGGAAAAGCAGCUGUCCUGCUUGUGGAAAUACUUAACAUUCUCUGCAAAGGACUAAGUCACAAAAAGGUUGGGGCAGUGUGGUUGGAGGCGGGACUCUGCUGGAAAGACUUUCUGCCAGAGGAUGAGGAUGUCAAUAAAUUUGUUACAGAGAAGAAGAUGGAGUUUACCCUUGGUGAAGAGUCUGAAAUGCCCAGUAAGAAAGAGCUGACUGCAGAGGAGCUGAGUAAACAUUUGGACAGGUUGUUACAGGAUAAAGCCAACAACCAGAGGAUCAAUGACUGGGUAGAGGCCAACUUGGAAGAGAAGCAAAUAAACUCCAAUCAGUUUGUGCGGGCCUUAAUGAUGGCUGUAUGUCAAUCUGCCAUUAUAUGUGACAGCCCCUACAAGGUGGAUGUGGAGCAGUUUAAUCUAAGGUCUAAGCUGCUGCACAAAUACCUGGCCGAUGAAUCAAAGGAGCUGCAGGCACUCUACGCUCUCCAAGCUCUCAUGGUGCAGAUGGAGCAGCCGGCCACUUUACUGCGCAUUUUCUUCGAUGCCCUGUAUGAUGAGGACGUGAUCAAAGAGGAGACCUUCUACAAAUGGGAGUCCAGUAAAGACACGGCCGAGCAGCUUGGAAAGGGCGUGGCCCUUAAAUCUGUCACUGCCUUCUUCACCUGGUUACGGGAGGCCGAAGAUGAGUCUGACAACAACAGCUAAUCCUGAACCACGGUGACCCAUGUAGCACUGGAGAGGAACCAGUGCCGAGGACUAAUGAGGGAGGAUGUCAGGCAACCAAGUUGAACUUGAUCCUCAUGAUGCCAGUCUUAUCAGUGCAAGGUGGCUCUUGACAGAUACAAACUACAAUCAUUUUUCAGUCAUUUCUUUUGCUCUCUAUAUCUCUUAUGGUGUAUGUCCACCAAAAACAAAAGAUGUAAAAAAAAAAAAAAAAAGAUUUCUGCAGGACUGCUUAAACGUGUUAACAAUUCAUCAUUUAUAUUUUAUGAGAAACUGAAAAACUGUACAAACCAACGCUGCUCUUUCAUGUUAAUAUUGAUUUAUAUGCAAUGUGGUUUGGCAGACCAGACGUGGCGUCAUAUAUUAUGUGUAGAGGGUAUGAUGGUGAUCAUGUCCUUUUAGGUUUGUUAUGUCACAUCAAACAUUGGAGGUCUUGCAUAAGGAUUUUGUUUCCUUUCAAGUGUGUGCCGGAGGAUUUAUGUUUUUAAAUCCACAAAGAUAAACGUAUAGGAGCAUCGUAUUUGCCGAAUUCUCAAAUGGAUGGAUGAAUUUUGAGAAGCGUCUAUAUUUCCCCCUUUUUUGCUUCCUGUAUAUUCUAGUAAGGGGUGGACCUGUUGAACUUCAGGAUUAUACUGGAUGAACUUUGACCUUUUUGACCUUUCAUGCUGCUGGAAGAGGAGGGGAGGUCCAACAUGCUUCCUAACUAAGCCAUCCAUGUCCUGCCUCUUACCCCACACUUUUGCAUCUUACCUCUCUUAAAGAACUGAUCAGGGUCUUAAUGGAAGCCCUGCUUGAACAAGCCUGCGGUGGAUUUUUAAAGAGAAAUCGUUAAAACUUGAAGCAUAUAGAAAAAUCAACUUGAUGAAAUGACAGUAAUGAUCCUAAAGCCUUUUCUACUUGCAAAGUGGAAACACAUCUCAGGAGCGUUCUGUACAUAUAAAUGGAGAUGUUUUCUUGUUUUUGUUUUAUUUUCAGACAUUAAAAGUUAAGAAAUCUGAUGUAAUGCCAUUUUUUUUUUUUUUUCAA